AUGUCUGACAAACCUGAAGGUCCUCCCCACCUCGGCUCGAAGGCUGUCGGUCGCUUUCGCCGGUCUCCAAUCACCACUUCGUGUGCCUGCGCGUGGACACACUGGCGGUCGCAGCAUCCUACCUUUGCCCCUUUGCGAAACUCUGCUGAUAUGCCACCGUUUCCUAGCCACAAACGCUCCCGCAGCGCGUUGGCACUGACCCUGCUCCACCGGGACAAGUCCAGGGGUGAAGAUAAGGACAGUGUCGACGACGACACCGACAGCCAGUCGAUCGGAUCCUUGCCCUCGAAUGGCUCCUUGAGACACAUGCGCAGCGGCAGCCGCCAUAAUCGUCGCAAGCAACACAAUUUCGAUGCCAGCUCGGCUCGCGGCUCCUCCCAAGAACCCCUCGAACAAUCACCCUCCAACCAGAGCACGGACACGAUGGAAAAAGUGCCCUCGGUGAUCCCAGAGAGUGGCAGCAUGUCUCUCGACCAGUCUGUUCGCACCUUUCGGUUCUUUGAGAUUCUGCGCAGCGGAGACACCACUGCAAUCUCGAAAGCGAUCAAGGAAACCAAAGACCCGCAAGCUGCGAAUGCUCUAUAUGGAACUACGGCUGUCCAUUUGGCGCUCCAGUGUGCCGAGCCCGAGGUGGUGGAAUUUGUGCUGUCUUCCGCGGACGACGAGGAUAUCAAUGCGCGUGAUCGCGAAGGAAACACUCCCCUCCACCUGGCCGCUCAGUUGGGGCGUGUUCCGCUGGUGCGUGACCUGCUGAGCCGGCCCUCGGUCAACGACGCGAUCAUCAACUAUCGCGGCCAGAUGGCCCUCGAUGUCGCCCGCACGCCCGAGAUCUUCCAGCAGCUGCAGCUGUCUCGGUCACUGUUCAUUGAUAGCAAGACCCAGGAGAUCCAAGCGCUGAUUGCCAAGCGCGACUACGAGAACCUUGAGAAGCUAUUGGAAGAGCCUCGGGUGGAAGGCAUUAUUGAUGUGAACAGCCAGGAGCUGGUGACGGAUCGGACUACUUUGCAGUCGGGUGGCACUCUCCUGCACGAAGGUGCCCGAAACAAGGACGGACAACUCAUCCAGAUUCUACUUACCCACGGAGCGGACCCCUUCCGGCGUGAUAAGAAAGGGAAGUUACCCCAAGAUGUCACCAAGGACGACAAGACCAAGGCCAUUCUGAAGAAAUCACCAGCUGCAGUCAUUGCGCAGCGAGGCAUUCAGGAGAAGGCAAUUCUUGGAAACAACAACGCUCAAGGGCUUGCCGGGAGAGUUUCGAUGGGUGAGGCGCCACUUGCGGGUAAAGAUGCUCGGGAGAUGAAGGGAUAUCUCAAGAAAUGGACGAACUACACCAGUGGUUACAAGUUGCGCUGGUUUGUGCUGGAGGAUGGUGUCCUGAGCUAUUAUAAGCAUCAAGAUGAUGCCGGCUCUGCCUGUCGGGGUGCGAUCAACAUGAAGAUUGCACGGCUUAGUAUGGAUGCGCAGGACAAGACCCGCUUUGAAAUCCUUGGCAAAUCAUCGGUCAAAUACCACCUCAAGGCAAACCAUGUGGUGGAGGCAAAGCGCUGGUUUUGGGCCUUGAACAAUGCGAUACAGUGGGCCAAGGACGAGGCCAAGGAGGAAGAACGCCAGCGGUCGAAGAACGCGGAGGUGCUGCGUCAGGCCAAACUUGAUCAGUCCGAGGGACGGGCGCCGGAAAGCCCAUCUGAAUCUGGUCUCACCCAUAAACCCAGUGGCAAAGGUCUAGUACCCCCGGUGCCUGGUGGUAGUGAGAGCCUCAGCUUGCAGGGAUCUCGCACGACGCUUGAUAGAGACGACGAGAGUGCCUAUGGUGGUUCGUAUGAUCAAAGCACUGCACAGAACGAUGUGAACCGAGUGAUCAGCCAUGUCACUACGGCGCCCGAUGUUGACGGUGACGACGAUGACUAUGGCGACUAUGCCUCCAGCCGCGACAUGCCCACCACCGACAAAGAUGCUCUCAAUAUCACCGCACAAUCGGCCAAGCUUCAACUGGAUCUCCUGGCCAACGUGGCUGCUUCGUUGCAGGCUGAGAGGUCAAAGAAUCCGGACAUGACGAUUGCAGACCCUGCAGUCGUACAGGCCCUUGGUGCGUAUGAAGCAGCCGUCAGCAGUCUAAAGGGCUUGGUGCAGAAUCUACUCAAGAUCUCGCGAGACCGAGACUCCUAUUGGCAAUAUCGCCUCAACAGGGAGCAACACCUUCGCCAAAUGUGGGAGGAAAGCAUGGCCCGAGUCGCUCAGGAGCAUGAAGAGUUGCAGUCCAAGAUGGGCGAGUCAGAAGAGAAGCGGAAACGAACGAAGAGAGCACUGAAGGAGGCUUUGGAGAGUGCAACAGCGAGCAGCCGCUCCAUCAGCGGCGCUCCCUUUCGCCCGCCGACGGAAGGCCAGAGUGCUAUGGAAAGCAGUCAACCCGAUGUCCGUGCUCCGGAGGCAGAGGCCGAGACAAACCAAUCGGAGGAACAGACAGUUGAAUCCACCAUUCACCGAAAGCCCUCUAUGCUCUCCAAGAUGGACGAUUUUUACGAUUCCGAGUCUGAUGGGGACGAGUUCUUCGAUGCUAUCGAGGCCGGAGAGAUCGAGGUGGAGGACCUGACCAAGGUUGGGCCAAAAGAUCAGCAAGAGCCGAAGAAUGAGAGUGCUGAGGUUCGGGCUAUCAAAUAUUCCAUCGUUGAACCAUCCUUCAAAGGUUACGAAGAACCCAUCCGGAAGCGGCUCAAGAUGGACAAUGACAAUCGGCCCAAGAUUUCCCUUUGGGACAUGACGAAGAUGACUCUCCCGGUCUCUUUCAACGAGCCUACUUCAUUGUUGCAGCGGGUGGCUGAAGAUUUGGAAUAUACUGACCUUCUUGAUAUCGCUGCGGAUCGGUCCGACUCGAUGGAGCGUCUGGUCUAUGUGGCCUCGUAUGCGGCAAGUGAAUAUGCCUCGACCAUUGGGCGUGUGGCAAAGCCCUUCAACCCUCUACUUGGCGAGACUUUCGAGUACGUCCGACCCGACAAGGGCUACCGGUUCUUUGUUGAACAGGUCAGCCAUCAUCCACCAAUUGGAGCUGCGUGGGCUGAAUCGCCCAAAUGGGAUUACUGGGUAAGUGUCGAUGCUGGAAUUCUGAGGUGCAUUAUACUCACAACUGCGCAGGGCGAAUCUUCUCUGAAAUCCAAAUUCUACGGCAAGUCAUUCGACAUUAACCUGCUAGGCACUUGGUUUCUGAAAUUGCGGCCCGUCACUGGCGGCGAAGAACUGUACACCUGGAAGAAGGUCACUUCGUCCGUCAUCGGCAUCAUCACUGGCAAUCCCACAGUGGAUAACUACGGUCUGAUGGAAAUCAAGAACUGGACGACGGGUGAGGUCUGCUACCUUGACUUCAAGCCUCGAGGCUGGAAGGCGUCCUCCGCCUACCAAGUAACCGGACGUGUCGUCGGCCAGGAUGGCUCUCCCAGAUGGAGUAUCGGCGGCCGAUGGAACGACAAGAUCUAUGCCCGCCAUACCCCGGGCUUCGAGGCGACGGUGUCUGGUCAAGAUCCGGAAUCGGCCAAGACUUUAUUGGUCUGGCAGGCUCACGAGCGUCCUACUGGUAUCCCGUUCAACUUGACACCCUUCGUGCUCACGCUCAACGCGGUCACCGAAAGUCUGCGGCCGUGGCUUCCGCCCACCGACACUCGUUUGCGUCCUGAUCAACGUGCCAUGGAGGACGGUGAGUACGAUCUUGCCGCCAGUGAGAAGCAUCGUGUGGAGGAGAAGCAACGCGCCAAGCGGAAAGAGAGAGAGAUCAGUGGGGAGGUGUACAAACCGCAGUGGUUUACUCGGGCUAGGGAACCGAUCACCGGGGAGGAGUACUGGGCUCACAAUGGCAAGUAUUGGGAAUCGCGAGACAACAAGGAUUGGAGCCUAGCCCAAGACAUCUUCUGA